AAAGAGCACGUUCCUAGACCUUGACUCGAGGGAGAGUAUUAAUACAUAACCAUUAGGGUGACUGUCAGUUCCAAUCUCUGGGGCGUGGAUUGUUGAUUAUCGAUUCAAGUGCGGGCUCAAUAUCUUGGCUCAGUCUACGCAAUGUCCACAAACGGAGAGUUUUGGGGGACCUUGCCGGACGAGGUAACAGCAUUGAUCAGUCUUGGUCCGGACGGCUCAAAAGCUGUAGAUGCUUCUCUCAGAACCCUAGUCAAUAAGAUCACAACUACUUCCCAUACCGAGUCGACCGAGGAAGCACUGCAGCUGUUAGGCACCGCCGUUGGAAAGCAAAAGACGUGGCAAGACCCAUUCCGAGAAGCCGGCAUUCUUGACUACGUGCUGCGCAACCUGGGUGACGUGAGCAUACCACUUGCGUUACGCAGACAGUAUCUGCGGAUAAUCGGGAAUUGCGUUGCUGACAACGACAUAAAUCGAGAAGUUGCCACCAAAGACAUAUCAAAGAUUGUCGACUGCCUGCCAUCAGAUGAUCUGACACCGAUCGCUCUUGCGGUACUCUUCAAUCUUUGCAACGACUUCGAUCCCGCCAAGGCUGCAGCUGCUGUCAUCAGACUAGACUUCACACUGUCUGGGUACCUUGCUGGCCACCGGAUAUCGGAUGCCGCACUUGACUAUGCAACCGAGCUUCUUACAUGGACCACCGAGAAGCUCACAGCAGCGCAAUUCAAUGACGAUGUAUCGCUCGACACAUUCAGCGAUCUUGUCAAAGUAACUCUGAACUACGACGAAGAUCACUACCACGAGUGUGUCGCUAUUCUGGUCCACUACCUACAGGAUCCAGAGUUCCAAGCAAAGGUUGCGACGCCAGAGCUACUCGGCGACCUCAUCACCCUAAUGCUAGACUUCGAGUCUCGGAUCACAUCAGACGAAAUCAGAGCUGUGUUCGAAGAGUUGGCCGUCUCCAAGAGCACUGAAAAGACGACAUCGGACAACACAAAUGUGCUUCUUGCGGCUCAACUGAUCGGAAAUAUUUCAGCAGUUUCGGCCACUGAUCUAUUCGCACAACGCUUCAAUGUCAGAAGUCCAGUGAUUGAGACCAUUCGAGCCAAGUUGAAUGCCUCGCCCUCACCAUCUACAAUAUGCGCCUGCGUUAUGCUUGGUAAUCUGGCCAUGUCGGAUGAAGUAUGUACAGACAUGGUCAAGAUCAUGGAGCUUCAUCUUCCUCUGGCCAAGAUCCUAUCAUCGAGCACUAAGCCGGCGCUUCUCUAUGCUGCUGCAGGAUUCAUGCGUCAUCUUACAUUCCCUGAGGCGAACAGAGCACCGCUAGCAGAUGCUGGUCUUCUCCAGACAUGCACCGCCUUGCUCAAGCAAACAGAUGCUGCUGUCCGUGGCGAAGCAGCUGCAAUAAUCGGCAAGCUCGUUACGAGCAACUUGCACAAUAUCAUCAAGGUAGUUUGCGAGAAGGUUGGCGAAACCGUCGUCCCGGAUGCACAUCCGAUUGUGGGCGUUGAAGCUUCUUCUGAAUCAACGGUUCUCCACCAAAUCGUCGAGCAGGCACUCGCGCCUGCAGGACCGCUGCCCAGUACUGCGAUGAAGAACCCAACCGUUGAGCUCAGCCGGUCUAUCGUUACGAUUCUCCGGUUCCUUGGGAGGCCAAGCGCAGAAGACAAUGUCGACGCUAUUAGGGAACAGAUGCUGAAUGUCCCUCUGAUCGCUCGACCAUUAGCUAAGCUCGUACGCCAACGAUUCUACGCCGAUGCCAGAUCUGAAGGGUUGCUAGGUCUGGGACUGAUGGCGCAAACAUCUCAUGGUGCGAAGCUGCUGAUCGAAGAGAUCAAGGAAGACGACGGGCUGCUGGAGGCUAUCAAGGAUUUUGCUGAGGGCAAGGAAGGAGGAGCUGAACAGCAGACCGGCUCUGCUUCGGGACGAGACUAUCAGAAUGCGGUCGUUCUCCUGCAAGCGUUGCAGAAGAACUGGGUAAGCAAGAACUCGCGAUUGUUAUUAUUUUUGACUGACGCC